UUCUUCUGCAGCGCAUCAAAUCAACACUUACAUUUUUUCAACCGCGUUAGCUUCGAAUCUAUUUUAGGCGUCCUCCUCCUGUACUGUUUUAGAGUGGAAGCCAGCGAUCUCCGUCGAAGCUGCUAGGAACCAUCUUCGGGUGAAAGCUCAUCCGAACGUUCCGUGUAGGUUAUUCUCUUGUUCUGUCUGGUCUUUCUCAGUUGAACUAGAAUCGGUGUGACUAGAAAAUUUAAUCGGUUGUCUCUUGUUCUAGUUUAUUACAUUAACUUCCGUUAUCAUUGUUUGGUUACGCUUGGACUUAAUUAAUCCUUGCAUCUUAAAGGUCUUUAAUUUUUUUUGUGCUUUUAAGAAUAAAUCAACUGUUAAGUAGAUUGUGGUUUCGACUAAUCUUGUAAACCAUCCAACCUUCAUUGAUAUUUACAAUUUAGCAAAGAAGAAAAAAAGAAAAAAGCACACCAUCUUCCAAAUAGUCAAUGUCGUGAUAUAUCACACGGCUCGCCGCUCGCACACCAUCUUCACUUCAUACAUGAGUUGUCGGGGUACCUUCUCUGUUCUCAUUCCACUUGUAUAUUUAAAAUAAAACAAUAUUUUAUUAUUUGUUGACAAAAUGUUAAAAGAGCAUUUUAGUUUUUUUUUUUGGACAACUAGAACAUUUUAGUUAAAUUCCCUUUUUUCUUCUAUAAAGCCUCCCUUAAGUCUAACCUCCACUAUCCACACACUAAUCUUCUUUUCUCUCGACAAUGGGUUUCCUGAGAUCUUCCUCUUCUUACUCUUCUGCAUUAAAAUGGCUUGGAUUUGUGACGGCGGUUUGGGUUCAAUCUAUCUCCGGCAACAACUACACCUUCUCCAACUACUCCAGCGCUCUCAAGUCCCUCAUGAACCUCAACCAGCUCCAACUCAACAACCUCUCCGUUGCUAAAGACGUCGGAAAAGCCUUUGGAAUCCUUGCCGGCCUCGCCUCCGACCGUCUUUCGACUCCAGUCAUCCUCCUUAUCGGCUGCUUCGAAGGUCUUCUUGGAUAUGGCGUACAAUGGCUCGUGGUUAGCCGUACCAUCACCCCGCUUCCUUAUUGGCAGAUGUGCGUGUUCCUCUGCAUGGGAGGAAACAGCACGACGUGGAUGAAUACGGCGGUUCUAGUUACUUGCAUACGAAACUUCCGGCGAAACCGUGGUCCGGUUUCAGGGAUCUUGAAAGGAUACGUGGGGCUAGGCACUGCUAUUUUCACCGAUCUCUGCACUGCUCUGUUCUCAAACGAUCCGGCGUCGUUUCUUGUUUUGCUCGCCGUCGUGCCUUUCGCAGUCUGUCUCACGGCGGUUUUCUUCCUCCGCGAGAUCCCUCCAGCUUCUUCCGCCGCCGAGGAGAGCGAAGAGACUCGCUACUUCGCCGUGUUCAACAUCGUAGCGGUUGUAGUCGCUGUCUACCUUCAGUCUUACGACAUCAUCGGAGUCAAAACCGGAGUGUUCUCAGUCGCUUUCGCCUCUAUACUUCUCUUCCUCUUAUUCUCUCCCAUCGCUAUACCUUUCCAUGCAUUCAUCAAAAGCUUGAAUCGUGGUGAACGAGACUUUGAAGGACAGAUUCAAGAACCCUUGCUCGGCUCAGAUAUCGCGGCCGAGAAGGAAGUUAUCGCUGUAGCGGCUGCGGCGGCGGAAGAGGAGAAUCUUGUGGCGGAGAGGAAGAGGCCGGUGUUGGGAGAAGAUCAUACGAUAAUCGAAGCGAUGUUGACCGUUGACUUUUGGGUGCUGUUUGUUUCGUUCCUGUGUGGUGUAGGAACUGGUUUAGCAGUGAUGAACAAUAUGGGCCAGAUAGGGCUUGCUCUUGGUUACACAGAUGUUUCGAUAUUCGUCUCCAUGACUAGUAUUUGGGGCUUCUUCGGUCGCAUUCUCUCCGGUACUCUUUCUGAACACUUUCUCAGGAAAGCUGGAACACCAAGAUCACUAUGGAACGCAGCAUCUCAAAUCCUCAUGGCCGUAGGAUAUCUACUAAUGGCUUUAGCAGUUCCUAAUUCACUCUACAUUGGUUCAAUGGUGGUUGGAGUUUGUUAUGGUGUCCGUCUAGCCAUUACCGUACCCACAGCAUCUGAACUCUUUGGUCUCAAAUACUAUGGUCUCAUCUACAACAUUUUAGUACUUAACUUGCCCCUUGGCUCGUUCCUCUUCUCUGGUCUCCUGGCCGGAUUUCUCUAUGAUGCGGAGGCUACACCAACUCCUGGUGGAGGCAACACUUGCGUAGGAGCUCACUGUUACCGUCUCAUCUUCUUGGUCAUGGCUUUAGCUUCUGGUAUUGGAGUUGGUUUAGACAUUUUGUUGGCUUAUAGAACGAAGGAGAUUUAUGCUAAGAUUCAUGCUAGCAAACAGGUCAAGAAAGCUUCGUCUAGUAACCUUAGUUAAAAAUUAUUAGAUCCAGUCCUUUUUUUUUGAUCAAA